AUGAACAUGUUGGACGUAGAAGACGAAAGCUUUCACGUCACACGUGAAGGCUACUCCCAUCUGAGUGACUCAGAAUGGGAGAUAGUCGGUCGCAUGAGUGUGCUCAUGAGCGAAUACGCCAUCAGUGGUAUGUUGGAUUCUCGAAGCAGGGACCAACAACACGCUGCUAUCAACAAGUUCCUACAGGGGGAACUUGCCGUCGAAAGAGAGAAGAUAGCAUUUCCACAACAGCAAGGCUCUCAUCAAUCGAUGGGCGGGCCGACGUACACGCGUCGACCCGAAACCAUGAAGAUAUACAUCAUUAAGGUACAAGGGAACCGAUGA